AUGGAGACCGAGUUUUCGCACAUCUUGCGGGAAUUCAGCGUGGACCAGUCGAUCUGCACCAUGCUGGCCCAAAGGGCUUGCUUCAAGCUGUGGCAGUUCGUCGAGCUUGUCGACGACAUCAAGGACUGGACGGGGAUCCGGGCGUCGAUGGAGCCAUCAACCGCGAAUCUGCAACACGCGGCUGCGAUCCGGCGCGCGUUUAAUGCUGCGGCGCUGCGGGAUGAGGAGCGGGCGCGCUUGGGCGAGGACAAGCCUGGUGAAGACAUGGAUUCGCCGAUCGACUUGGUCACGCGCAAGACUCUCGUUGAGGCCCACAGUGAGCACUACUGCUUCCCUACGCAGCUGGCCCGCCAGUCAAGCGAUUCGCUCCCUGGCCGCCUUAACCGUAAGCGGGAGUGGGGCACUUACACGGUCAUCAGCCUGGCUAAGGUCACGCGCGUUGCCUCCCAGUGUGUACACACGAAAAAGUUCGAGUUUGUCCCGGGGAUCGCCUUCAGUCUGCGGGCACACGCCCAUCUCCCAGGUGCUGGGGGCAGCAAGUCUUCGAGCGUGGCGCAGUGGCUGCUCCUCAAAGUUCGGAUCCUGUACAACGGCUAUUCUGUCACCGGGAUCAGGAAGUGCAGGAACAAAACGAAGGAAGAGGUACUCUGGUGCUCGCGGCCGCUGGUGUCACACUUCGUGAACACCCUGGUGGAUUUGGCUACGACCAACAUCCUGGGCUCCAAGGUCAGGCCCAACCUGGUGCCUUUGCAAGUCGCCGAGCUGCAGUUCCGCGCGCGGAUCGUGGAGCUGUUGAGGCAGACGCCAGCGGACCAGCCUAUUUCGUUCGAUGACGCUUUCCAGGCGGCGUUCGUUGAAACACAGAGCCUGUUCCGUUUCACAGCCCUGCCGGCCGCGGCGACGCAGGCAAUUGCGGGCGGGGGCCGCGGUGUCGGGCAGCCGCAGAAGCGCCAGCUUAACGGCUUCGACGAGGGUGCGGUAAGCAGGCGGCGCACGAGUGCGGGCAGGCCGAGGUUCGCACGCUUCGGCGCGGAUGGUGACCUCGUCUGCCUAGACUACAACACCGUCGGCUGCGCCCCGUGCAGAUGCAAACACAAGCACCUCCAGCAGAAGGUCGCGUAUUGCUGCGGCAUCUGGGGUUGCGACAAAACGCACUCCAGGUUGUUCAACCGCUGGCGCGGCCGCGCCCCUGGCUGGCUGGCCCAGCGCGUCCUUCGCGCGGCUGGGCUUGGCCGGGAGGUCGUGCAGCAUCGAUGGAGGCUGUGCUCCGUUCUCGUUCGGAAGCAGGCGGAAUCGGUCGCAAGCUACGGCCGCUGGAGGUCCAGCCUCUCGUCCGACCAGGAGCUGCUGCAUAUGGCGUGGAAUGUUCAGUUGCCCCGCCGGCCACUGGCAGAAGCGGGGCACGGGGACGCGCACUCGCCCCGGGAGCUGCUCGACGGCAUGUCCGUCGUGAGAUUCGCGGGCGCCAGCGGCGUUCAUUCGCUGAAGCCCACCGCGCCUGCCAUGUCCGUCUUUGAGAUCCGGCGGCAGGUCUCGGCGCGCGGCGCCGCCAUCGUCGGGGGGCGCGGCCCCGCCGACGGCCCCGUGCUCGACGAGCGGGCGCGCGAGAAGAUGUACGAGGAGUUCGCGCUAAACCUCAUGGGCGACACCAUUGAUACUCUUGAGGCGCGCCCCGGCGCGGACAAGGUCGUCGUUCGCCGCGAGCCCCAGCGGCAGGAUGGCGAUUUCCGGAAUAUCGAUGAUUGUUCGGAGAACAACAUCAAUGUCAUUUUCGGCAGUAACGAGACCCACCGCCCUGCAGGGGUGCAGGUCCUGCCAGCUUGCGCCGAUGCAAUAUACAAGGAUCUCCGCGCCGUCCGAGACGCAGGGCGCCUGCGCAGCUGGCUCGCAGCAGAGUUGCGCGGCAAGCUGGCUUUCGCCUCGGGGCAACUCUUAGGUAGGUUUGGCCGCGCUGAGGUUGGGCCUCUCAAGCGGCGCCAAUGCAUCAGGCACGGGUGCCGCAAGGUGAAUGGCAGCAUCAUGGUUGCGAUAUGCUUCUGGCUCGGCGUUCCCCGGCUGGGCCCAUUCCGGGUGGUGCCUCCGGGGCCGAGUGCGCCCCUCGUGGUCGCCAUGAGCGACUGCAAAGGCUUCGGCAGUAUUGCGGCUGCGACUUGGAGCCCCCUCGCAGAGGGAAUCGCGGCCUGCGCGCGGUGGUUCCAGCUCGACCUCCCUGAGAUUAUCAACGAGUGGGCGCAAGGCGAGGGCGCCGAUGUGAGCAGGCAAGUUAACUUGAUAGAGUGCGUCGCGCCGGCGGAGCGCUGCAGCACGUGGCCAGAGCUCCUGCGCGCCUCGCUUUGGCUGCACUUCGUUGACAAUGGCGGCGCCUUAGGCAACUUCGAUGCGGCGGUGCAGUGGUACCGCGCGGCGGCGCACGUGGCCCCGAACUGCGAGGUGGCCGCCUCCAACCUGGCCGUGACGCUGGUGAGCCUCGGCCUGUCGAUCAGGGCGACCGACCCCAAGAGGGCCAUUAAGUGCUACCAGGAGUCGUUGGUCCUCUCCCCCGCGAACGCCAACGCCUACUACAACCUGGGAGUUUCUUACGCCGAGCAGCAUAAGCACGCCAAGGCCCUCAUCAACUACCAGCUGGCGGUGCACUUCGAGCCGAGGUGUGCCGAGGCCUAUAACAACAUGGGCGUGAUCUACAAGGAGCAGGAGAACCUGGAGAAGGCGCUCAAAUACUACCACCUGGCCCUCCAGUGCAACCCCCGCUUCGCGCAGGCGCCGGCGCCCGCCGCCGCGCAGAGGGAAGGGGUUUCGCUCCGGCGGGUUGGCCAGGUGCCGCUUCUCAGCUACAACGCUGGGACCAUUGCGCGCGAGAAGUGCAAGCAGUGGCAGCGGGCGCUGGCGCUGCUGAGCGAGAUGUGGGAGGUGAAGCAGGCGCUCAAUAACCUCGGCGUGGCGUGCACCACCACGGGCCGGCUGCAGGAGGCGCUGGAGUACCUCACCCGCGCGGUGGCCUCCGCCCCGAGCUAUGCGGAGGCGUACAACAACCUCGGCUGGCUCUUCUGGGACCAUGGGGACCUCGGCCAGGCCCUGCGCAUGUACGAGCGCUGCAUCGAGCUUUCCCCCUCGUCCAAGAACCCGUGCCAGAACCGCCUGCUCGCGCUGAACUACCUGCACGGCGUGUCCCCCGACGUCGUGUACGAGGCGCACAGGGCGUGGGCGGAGCGCUUCACCGCAGAGCUCGGCCCCGCCUUCACCGAGUGGCCGGUGUCGCGCACGGUGAACCGUCGCCUGCGGGUGGGCUACAUAUCGCCCGACUUCUUUCACCAUUCGGUGUCUUUCUUUAUCCACGCUAUUUUCGAGCAUCGCAACAAAGAGCAGUUUGAUAUUUUUGUGUAUUCCAACACGUCGCGCGAAGACGACAAGACAGCGCUUUUCAAGGGCAUGGUACCGGAGGACAGGUGGAAGCAGGUCACUGGGCGCCCAGCCCACGAGGUGGCGCAGCUGAUCCGCGACGACCACAUCGACGUCCUCGUCGAGCUGGCGGGGCACACUGCGAACAACCGGCUCGACGUGGUGGCCCUGAAGCCGGCGCCGGUGCAGAUCACCUACAUAGGCUACAACAACACCACAGGGCUCGGGGCGAUCGACUACCGCAUUACCGAUGCUGUCGUGGACCCCCCCGACAGCACCCAGCCCUUCUCCGAGGAGCUGGUGCGGCUCCCCGGCUGCUUCCUGUGCUACACGCCGCCCGCCCGCGUCCCCGACGUGGAGCAGCUCCCAGCCCUCCGCAACGGCUUCGUCACCUUCGGCAGCUUCAGCUGCCUCGCCAAGAUCGGCGCGCCCUGCGUGGCGCUGUGGGCGCGAGUGCUGCACGAGGUCCCGAACAGUCGCCUGCUGGUGAAGAACAAGGGCUUCUACUCGCUGGAGGUGCAGCAAUCCUUCAUCAGCCAGUUCAAGGCCCACGGCAUCGCGGAGCACCGGCUGAAGCUGAUGAGCCUGGCCCAGACCUCGUACGACCACCUCAAGGUCUACAACGAGGUCGACGUCGCCUUGGACACCUUCCCCUACUCCAACACAACCACCUCCUGCGAGACCCUGCUCAUGGGAGUGCCUGUGGUGUGCCUCGUCGGGUCCACGCACGGCUCCCGUGUGGGCGUCACCUUGCUGAACAUUUUGGGGCUCGCGGAGUUUGCCGCGGCGAACCUCGAGGAGAGAGAGGGGGAGAGUAGCAGAUGGAUCUUAGGGAAGGGGAUUUCCGCCACGCUCGCAGCUCACGGCUUUCACCUUGCUGAUCGCUUGGUUUAUCAGGCUCGCUCUUUGCCGCAAUCGUCGUCUGCAGUGGUCCGCUCCCUCCUCUCGCAGAAGCAAAAAUGA